AUGUCUCAACAAAGUGGGACUUCAGAGGUGCCAGGCGACUAUGCUGAAAAUGGGCGCACUUAUGGCGGGUAUCGUAGUGGUAAAUACCUACUUCCCGUGGAUGACGAGGAACAAGACAGACUUGACAUUUUCCACAACAUGAUCUCUAUUGCAAGGAACAAGGCACUCUACAGCAUUCCCGACCCACCAGCAGGCUCUCGCAUUAUCGAUCUCGGAGCAGGCACUGGGUUUUGGGCGAUCGAGGUUGCCGACCAUGGCGUGGGCUCACCUUUCGCCAUUAGCAUCCCCCCGACUGUCAAGUUCGUGCGUGCCGACGUCGAAGAUCCGUGGCAGUAUCCUGAGCAAUACUUUGACUUCGUCCACAUGCAAAUGAUGCUCGGCUCCAUGCGAGACUGGCAACAACUGUACAACAGAAGUUUCAGGCACCUGAAGCCUGGAGGCUUCAUUGAGCAGGUGGAAAUCGAAUGGGUUUUCCGUUGUGACGAUAAUACUCUUUCGCCGAAUUCACCUCUCCGCCAAUGGGGCGUCGUGCUGUCUCAGGCGAUGAGAAGGUUCGGUGCUCCCAUCGACAUCUUCGACACAAAGGCCGCCCUUGAAUCCACGGGUUUCACAAACUUCAGCCAGCAGGUGAUCAACCUGCCAAUCAACCCAUGGGUGCGCCCUGAUGAACAUGAGGAGGAACUCGGCCGCUGGUUCAAUCUCGGGCUUACCCACGGCCUCCAAGCGAUGACAAUGGCACCAUUCACCCGGUACGCGCCAGAACCCUGGACUGCCAAUCAAGUAAACCAGUUCGUGGAAGUGCUUAAGCAGGAGCUCUGCCGACUCAGCGUCCACGCCUACUGCAGAAUGUGA